AUGUUCACGGAGGGAGAACUGGGGGAGUUGGCGCUUGUCGACCUUGACGACGACUUUGUGGAGGCCAAUGUGCGUAGCAGGAAGUUCGACGUGGAGUUGGGUCGCCGCGUCGUACAGGGCGUCUGCGACGGCUUUGUGCAAACGUUUCUUGCCGACGACGACGUGGCAACGCUGCACCGACAGCUGUAUGAGUGCGACGCGUCCCUGGCCGACAUUGAACGUAUUCUUCGGCAGUUUAUCGUCAACCUGGAGACCAUUCAGAAGGACAUUGGCGAUGUGCGGGAACGGCUGAAGCGUGUGGGUGUCCAGCUCGUCAAUGCGCGGGCGGCAGAGCGCGUCGUGUGGGGCGCCAUGUCGCGUUGUGUAGUGCCACCAGAGGUGGUGCGUGUUAUUGUGCAGUGCAGCGACGAGGAGCUGGGGCCACAGUUCAUGCUGAGUGCGCAGCAGCUGCUGCAAUUUCUGCAGGACCGCAGGGAGGGCAGCUGCCGGAUUGGCGCCGGUGUGCCACCCGUCUCGCUCACGUCGUGCCGCCUGUACACGGAGCAGCUGGAGAUGCUGGACCGCCUGACCGUCCACGCGUGCGUCAAGAUGAAGCGGUUCCUCACCAAGAAGGUGGCGCUUCUCAGCGUGAAGAACACAAACGUGUCGAUCCAGCAGGAGCACGUGCUGAAGCCGUAUGCUUUCUACGUGCGCUUCUUGCGCUCUGCUGCGCCGCUGCUGCGUCACUCGCAUCUCGCCAAUGAGCCCAAUGCGGAGUCGCCUGCAUAUCUACCGCUCCGCAUUGCCAAGGCGCUCUACGAUGAGCUCUGCCGUGCGUAUUGUGACACCAUGUCACGCCUUUACCUCGCCCGCAUCCGGCAGUAUGUGAUGACGCUUAACUCUAUGGAGAGCUCGACGCAGACGGUGCACCUGGUGCCGACGCAGGCGUACGUGCUGCCGUUGCUCACCGACGCACAAGAGGCGACGCCGCUCUCGACCUUUGCGCUCGGCGAUCGUGGAGACAUACUGGAAGAUGUGACUGCUCUACCACUAGUGCCGGCAGUGGAACGGGCGAGGCGGCGGCGCCACUUCUACGAGGAAACGUUCCGCUCAAUGAAUGUUCUGCUCUGUGAUGCCGUCACGCAUGAGUUCCUCUUUACGUUCAUGUUCUUCUCCGGCGAUAUGUCUGUCUUUGUCGAUGUGUUCAAGCCGACUAUUCAGUUCGUUGUUGACUACGUGGCGGAGGUUAUGCUUGACCAGGGCGAUGGCUCGGUGCGGCGCAUGUUGCGCGAUGAGUAUCCGCAGGCGGCCGUCAACGCCAACUGCCGCUUUGACUGCUAUGGUCUGCUGCUGCUGAUCCGUCUCUGUCAUGACUUCCGUUCCCUCAUGAAGGAUGUGCGGCGGCUUAGCUGUCUGGAAGGAUUCUACGACUCACUAUUGCUGCUUCUUUGGCCAGCGUUUCAGCGGACGUUCGAGCGGCAGAUGUUGGCGAUACGGUCGGCUGACGUCGCAGUUCUUGCACGUGUUUUAAUGAACGACGAUGGCCACCGCACCGCGGCGUGGGUGGCGCAUGUACAUCCACUGGCGAAGCGGUACGCGGCUUUCACCACCGCCCUCAUGACGAUCAGCCGUGGCUGCGGUUUUGAUGCAACGGACGCCGUGGGUGAGGCAUCGCUUCUUGCGACUAUGACAGAGGGCGGCGGCGGCAGUAGGGGUCACAGCAAUGAUUACAGUUUCGCAGAGCUGAGGCGCCUGGCGUGGUGUGCGGUGGAGGCGGAGCGUGCGAGUGACGCGGCGGACAGCGCGUCACGCUUUGCUGUUCUGGCUGGUAACCUCUCCUUCAUGCGGGUGGAGGUGGUGCGGGUGCUGCAGGAGAUGGGUCGUCACCUCGCCACUGGUGACGCAAAGCGUCCCGAGCUCCACGAAUUGUACGUCCUUGCCUUUCUGCUGAACAAUCUGCACUACAUCCUCUCCGCCUGGCGUGUGGCAUUUGAUGCCAGCAAGAGCGAUGAUACGGUGGAAUCCAACGGGGAUGAUUAUUCCACCCUCAGCGAGGACUACCGAGCGUUGGAUGAACUCAAGAAGUCACGCCGCGGAGAUCUUGUGGGGCGUCUUGUGCUGCGGUAUUUUGCGGCUGUCUACAACGUUGUGCAGUGCGACGAGAUGCCUGAGCGGAGUCCUGCGGAGGUGCUGGCGACCGCAGACGCCUUCACGCAGAGUUGGAAGAGUGGGCUUGACGACGUGUGCAGUACGGUGCGUGCGAUGCUCUUCGAACCCGCGCACGUGAGCGAGGUCCUGGCGCAGGUGUGCAUGGACGUCCUGCUCUGCAACACGCGGUUCCACGCGUGCGUGUCGCGGGCGCUGGACAAUAUGGGCGCUGAAGAGACACGCCGUACCCUUCGCUCGUAUGUGGUGACGAACCAACAAAUGCUGCAGUACAUGCGAACCCUCGCGACAAUGCCGGAAGACGAAGAGGAGGAGGAAGAGGAGGAUGAAGGUGGGGCGGAUCUGUGA